GCGCGGAACUUAGCGGGCGCUGAUAGAGCUAUGCUGUUAGACGCUGAGCUGUAAAGCCGCCCGUGCCGCAAAGCCCGAGAGCUUCCCGCGCGCCGAUGGUUUCGCUUUUGCUUCCUGAAGCUCUGCGAGCGUAGGAAGGGCGGAACUCAGCUGAGGGUGGCGCGGGGCGCGGGACGGAGAGAAACGGCCCGGCCUCGUGCCUUUAUUCGGCUCUUAGAGAAGUUGAGAGAUCUGCGUUCGGAACUUCACGUGAAGACGCCGUGGGAGUGCGGGUUCAGGGCUGUUCUGCUGUCUGUGCUCAUCGGUGCUUUGCCGGGAGCCGCUUCUGAGCGGUUCCUAUGGCACGUGAGGAGUUUGUCCCUGCGUUCAGACCUGUUGAGCGAAGCUUAUCAGAAGCGGCUUCUCUCAGCAUUGCCAGCCGGCAGCAGAGCCCAGCUGCUUCUCGUUUGUACAGCUCAGGCUUUGCACUAAAAUGGAUUUGUAGGGCGUGCCGAAGUGCAAUUCCAAAUUGUCCUUUUGAUUUGAGUCUGCCAGUGGGAGCCUACCAAAUUUCAACACGGUAUGAGUGAAACAAACACAAGAGUGGAAACGUGAUAUCUGUGCUGUUUUCUAUGCCUCCUUUUUUCUUUUCUACCUUAUUCUGCCACUUCUAUGCGCUCACAGUUCAAUAACAUACAGUUUAGUAAUUUCUGGUUUUGCAGUUAGUUGUCAAGCAUAGAUCCCAUUGGAGUCUGCUUGUUGUUUCCUUUAGUUAGAUAUUUUUUUAAAUUGUCUUUGGAGUCUGCUCGAUUGGUUUCCAUUACCUUAAGUAUGUGUUGGAUCAGAGCCAUCCUCAUUUAAAAAUAUGACUGUCUUAUGUAAUGGAGUAACAUUUUGAUAGCAUAUGGAAUGGAUAGGCAGAAGACAAGGUGAGAGCAGGAACAGAAUUGUGCAAAGGGGCAAUUUGAUGUCAGUUGAAAAAAACUGUAUGUCAGUGUCCGUGGUAUUAUUGGGGAUUGCCUUUGAUUGUUACAGGUCAAUGAACUCAAACGUCUGAGAAUACUUGUUUGUGUAUUAUUUAUGUAUUUAUCACAGCAUUAAUAUUAAAAUAGAAAAGCAGUUCUGAACAGCAGCACUUCAGAAACACAGAGCUUAACUAAAUAUACUUUGUUGAAAGUAGAACAAAAUGUCUAAAUACAAGUCUGUAUUCAGAACACAGAAGUUUAUUCUUAGGAAGUUCCUUUCCUUCUAACUUUGAAAAGUGAGAGCAGUGUAAAGUUGCUUUAGCUUGAGAACUGUCAAAUUCGGAUCAUUCUCAGCUGAAUUGUAUCUUUGGUUGGAGUCCAGUGGUGUCAAGUACUCUCUUUGGAGAAAAAUUUCCAUUACCUUUUCUGUCUUGGCAGUAGUGUUUGAGAUCAGUUUUCAUUUGCAGCUGAUGUCAGUUAAGUCUCCCGUUAAAGGACUGAAGGCUUUCUAGACAGUUGAACAUCAAGAGAUGAAUGCACUCAGUUUCUCUCGAAGUUCCCAACCUUCAUGGCUUUGGACUAAGCGGGCCUUGUGGCUGUCAUAUGGGAAGGGAAGUGGAAGUGUGUUUUUGGGCAGAUAUCCCUUUUGAUGGGGGUUACAAGAACACGAGUAGUUGGAGGACACAAUGGGUAAUACAGAUUGAUAGCCUCAACCUCCUCAUACCUUUCUGAAACAUCUUACUUUUUCUGUGCACUCAGUAUCAGCUGGUGCUUUUAUGCAGCAUUUAAUUAAAACUCUUUGGCUAGUAGAGUGUUCAGCAUGUUAAAUUUUAAUCCUUAAAUUAAACAAUUAAAUAUUUAAAUAAAUACUUCCUUCAGAUAACAUCAAGUUGGAUCUUUGAUCCUGUAUGCAGAGAGUCCUUCAUGGGAAGUGCGUGACGUACUUUUACAUUUAUUCAAAUUUGGGUCAUAAAAUUAAAAGCAAAUGAAAGCACCUCCUGGCUGGUGUGUGUAACCUGAGCACUGAGCAGCACUGAGCAGCAUUGAGCAGUACCUCCAUAGAGCUGAAAGUGUUCUGUGCUGAGUACGACAGCGUUAGCAGUGGGAGUUUGGGGGGGUACUGCGGGAUCAGCAGAGCUGUCAGCUCACCCUCCCUGUUCUGUUUAAGCACGUCAGGGACACGGGCAGACUUAACGUGAGUGUAAGUGACGAGUGGUGACAGCACAGGUAGGAAUCGGUCCUCUCGCUGUUGGAUGUAAAUCUGAGUUCCUGUGGGGCAAAUUGUGAUUAUGAUGUUCUUGUGUCUGCAUCAACAAUUAGGAACAUGGUUCUGAGGGGAAUUAAAGUUAUGACGUACUUCAAGGUUGUGCAGUGUGAAUAUUUUGUGGUGUAUGUUUUUAAACAUCUUGAUCACGUGAUUCAAUUUAUUUUCUUUUCUAGGUGAAUUUUAUGUUUUUUCAUACGCCCUUGCCUGGUGGCAGGCAGUAAAAGCCUGCCUUGUGCUGUAUGCGUUAGGUGACAGCGCAGCCUCAUGUCCUGCCAGCCACAUUCACGUGAAGCUGGACACUCCCGUACAGCUUUCCUGCCCCGGCAGUGCAGGCAGGGGCUUUCCUGCGUGGUGCCACCGAGUCCUGUGGCAUUUCCUCUGGCGUCCGCUGUGCUCCUAAUGCUUGCUCACUAAAGCCUUCAUCCGGCAAGAGAUAGAAGAGUCGGUUAUUGACAUUCCACCAAAUGUUCUGCCUGUGCAUCUCAAAAUUGAUGUACAUUUUUAGUAGGGAUUCUCCAAAGAAAGGCUGUUGUCAUAUAGCUCUCAACAUUUGAGGUGUGGUUCCACUAUUAAUAAAUGUUUAAAUGAAGAUCAUUUAUCCCUGAAGAUCGUGGUGCUUCUACAGUUGUGCAAAUGUAAUACGAGCGUGGAGGUCCAAGGAGUCUGUACAGCUUUUGUGAUUUAGUUCAUCACAUUUGAUGGCUUUGUUCCUUUUAUUUCUGCAGAAGUGAAAUGGCUCUUUUUGUGUGUCUGUAGAUUGAUUUGGAUACUAUUGAUGUCAGCAAUCUCAACAGGCAGUUUUUGUUUCAGAAGAAACAUGUUGGAAGAUCAAAAGCACAGGUUGCCAAGGAAAGCGUGUUACAGUUUUAUCCAGAAGCUAAUAUUAUAGCUUACCAUGAUAGCAUCAUGAACCCUGACUAUAACGUAGAGUUCUUCCGCCAGUUUACGUUGGUUAUGAAUGCUCUGGAUAACAGAGCUGCCCGUAACCAUGUGAACAGGAUGUGUCUGGCUGCCGAUGUUCCUCUUAUAGAGAGUGGAACUGCAGGCUACCUUGGUCAAGUAACAGUUAUUAAGAAGGGAGUGACAGAGUGUUAUGAAUGUCAUCCUAAACCAACUCAGAAGACUUUUCCAGGCUGCACAAUCCGUAACACUCCAUCAGAACCUAUCCAUUGCAUUGUGUGGGCCAAGUAUUUGUUCAAUCAGUUGUUUGGAGAAGAAGAUGCUGAUCAAGAAGUCUCUCCUGACAGAGCUGAUCCUGAAGCUGCCUGGGAGCCAGCAGAAGCAGAAGCCAGAGCACGAGCAUCAAAUGAAGAUGGUGAGAUUAAACGUGUUUCAACUAAGGAGUGGGCUAAAUCAACUGGAUAUGAUCCAGUUAAGCUUUUUACCAAGCUUUUCAAAGAUGACAUUAGAUAUUUGCUGACAAUGGAUAAGCUGUGGAGGAAAAGAAAGCCUCCAGUGCCACUGGAUUGGGCUGAAGUACAAAAUCAAGAGAAAAGUGUAUCUGACCAACAAAAUGAAUCCUCAGUUUUGAAAGAUCAGCAGGUUCUCGAUGUCAAGAGCUAUGCACACUUAUUCUCAAAGAGUGUUGAAACCCUGAGACUUCACCUGGCUGAGAAAGGUGAUGGAGCAGAGCUUAUAUGGGAUAAGGAUGACCCUUCUGCAAUGGAUUUUGUCACUUCUGCUGCAAACCUCAGGAUGCAUGUUUUCAGUAUGAAUAUGAAGAGCAGAUUUGAUAUCAAGUCAAUGGCAGGAAAUAUUAUCCCAGCUAUAGCUACUACUAAUGCAAUAAUAGCUGGUCUGAUAGUGUUGGAGGGUUUGAAGAUUUUAUCGGGAAAAAUAGAUCAGUGUAGAACGAUUUUUUUGAACAAGCAGCCAAAUCCCAAAAAGAAGCUAUUGGUUCCUUGUGCUUUGGAUCCACCAAAUCCUAACUGUUACGUAUGUGCAAGUAAGCCAGAAGUGACUGUGAGACUUAAUGUACACAAAGUUACUGUGCUAACACUCCAGGACAAGAUAGUGAAAGAAAAAUUUGCUAUGGUAGCACCAGAUGUACAGAUAGAUGAUGGAAAGGGAACCAUUCUUAUCUCUUCAGAAGAAGGAGAAACAGAAGCAAAUAACCACAGGAAAUUAUCAGACUUUGGAAUUCGAAAUGGCACUCGACUACAAGCAGAUGAUUUCCUCCAGGAUUAUACUCUGUUAAUCAAUGUGCUUCAUAGUGAAGACCUAGAAAAAGAUGUAGAAUUUGAAGUUGUGGGCGACACCCCUGAAAAAGUUGGCCCUAAACCAUCAGAACCAACAUCCAAAAACAUUACCAAUGGUAGUGAUGACGGAGCACAACCUUCAACAUCAACAGCUCCAGAUCAAGAUGAUCUAUUUAUAAUUGAUUCUGAAGAUGAAGGCCAUUCAAGUAAUGCUGAUGAUACGGAAAAUAAGAGCCGCAAGAGAAAACUAGAAGAUAAAGAGUGCGUCAGUACAAAGAGAGUGCGUACGGAGCAGACAGAAGAGCAAGAUGAAAUUAUAGCAUUAGACUGAACAUGCAGAUGUUGUUUGACAAAAUGAUUGAGUCCAUGUAAUGCAGCAACAGCAUAUUAUUUGGGGAUGUGAAAAAUGUCCAGAACUAGACUAAUUGUAAGGCUUUUGUUCUGAGGAAAUACCAAACCAUUGGCUUAAAUAAUUUUUGUCUGUUUCUCUUGAUGAUAAAGCUGUCAUCUCAAUAGAGUCUUCUAGAAGUUUUUCCAUAUUGAAUUCCAUAUAUUAAAUGUAGUAGAAACAUAGUUUUUAAAUACUUGCAGAUAAGUAUUUACUUAAACAGUCAUGAAAAUAAGCAUGUUAUUUUUGUGUAAAUACCUUGUAAGUAUAACUCAGUAGGACAAAAAAAACCUACUCUGCUUUAGUAAAGGGUCAUCACUUGAUGCCCAGACUUGUAAGUACCUAAAUUUUUCUUUUGCUUGAAGAACAGUAUUUUUAGUCUAGUCCUAAACAUUUUUCAUACCCUGAACAAGGAGAGAAUUCACUAAAGCAAAUUAGUGCCAUGUUUUAACAGUGUUCUUAAACUUUAACUGGCACUGUGUACAUUACUGUAAAACUGUUAAUUUACUCAAGUUUUUCAGCUCGUACUGCCUGGUAUGUCAAUGUAAGAAGCAAAUUUUUUGUGUAUUGUUACAGUUUCUGGUUAUUUAUAUUUGAUGUUUUGUAAACUCAGAUACUACUACUACACUGUACAUCUGACGGACCAAAUAAAUGACAUCUGAAGUACUUGCUAUAUAUGCUUGCACAGUCCAAGUUUAUGCUGAUUUAUGGGAUUUUAAAAUGUAUAGCCUUCAAAAAUUACUGUACUAUUUUCAUUUUUCUAAACAUAACCUAGUAGUACAGAACUUGAGCUUCACUUGUUUGAGGUGAAAGGGGAAUUUUUUUAAUAAAACCUUUGUGAAUGUUUUUUUUUUCCUUGGACACUUA